GCGGCCCCUCGUCUCUCGGCGCUGCCUGCUCCCCCCGCACCGGGCGCGGCGCUCCCCGCCGAGCCGCCGCCCGAGCGCCGCCGGGCCCGCGGGACUGCCUGGCCGCUUGCGCUGCCCUGAUGAUGUUACCGAGCCCCGUCACCUCCACCCCUUUCUCCGUCAAAGACAUCCUCAACCUGGAGCAGCAGCAGGACCCGCGCUAUGGGGCCCAGCUCCCGCACCACCUGGAGCACCACUUCCACCCCGCCGCCUGCCUGCUGGCGGCCGCCGACGGCGCCCGCUUCUCCGACGGCGAGGAGGAGGAGGAGGAGGAGAAGCUGUCCUACCUGAGCCCCAUGGCAGCGCCCGGCGGCCAGGCGGACGCGCGGAUCUCCGCCGACAACUACGUGCACGCCGUGCUGCGCGGCUCCUGCGAGGCCCCCGGCCCGGGAGAGGAGCUGGACCCCGCGGCCCGCGACCCAAGUGAGUAUCGCUGCGUCCUGAAGAAGCCGCUGGAUGCGGCAGAGAAGGCGGAGGAGGCGGAGAGGCCGAAGCCGCGGAGCCGGAGGAAGCCGCGCGUCCUCUUCUCCCAGGCGCAGGUCUUCGAGCUGGAGCGGCGGUUCAAGCAGCAGCGUUACCUGUCGGCGCCUGAGCGGGAGCACCUGGCCAGCAGCCUCAAGCUCACCUCCACGCAGGUGAAGAUCUGGUUCCAGAACCGGCGCUACAAGUGCAAGCGGCAGCGGCAGGACAAGUCGCUGGAGCUGGGCGGCCCCGCGGCCCCGCCACCGCCGCGCAGGGUGGCCGUGCCCGUGCUGGUCCGCGACGGCAAGCCGUGCCUUGGUGGGUCGCAGGGCUACAGCUCGGCAUACAACGGGCCCUACUCCUACAACGGCUUCCCCACCUACGGCUACGGCAACGCCGCCUCCUACAACCCCGGCUACGGCUGCACCUACCCGGCGGGCACCGGCGGCGCCUCCAUGCAAGCCGCCUGCAGCCCGGCGGCGGCCGCCGGCCCCUUCGUGAACGUGGGCGGCCUGGGGGGCUUCGGCGGCGGCGGCCAGCCGCUGCACCAGGCGGCGGCGGGGCCCUCCUGCAGCCAGGGCGCACUGCAGGGCAUCCGGGCCUGGUAG